AAGACUAGCCGAGGCAGCCGAGGCCGCUAGUCCACCCCAGGGUCAGCCGCUGCUUCGCCUCCUGCUGCCCUUCCAUGGACCGAAACAGCACCGGCUACCGCAUGGGUAACAUGGGCACCAAGAGCAAGGGCUGCUGGUACUACAUGAAGUAUUUCUUCCUCUUUGUCUCACUCAUCCAGUUCCUCAUCAUUCUGGGGCUGGUGCUGUUCAUGGUCUAUGGCAACCCUCAGGUGGGCACAGAGGAACAUCUGCACCAGGUAACCCAGAAGAACGAGGCACUUUAUAGCAAGAAUGUGAAGUUGCUCCAGCUCAACACCAACAUCUCUAAGGACCUCAACCUCACACGGAAGUCACGGGAGGAAUUCAUGCAGAUGUUGGUCAACAGUCGGAGGGAGCAGGACCGGAUCAAUGCCAGCUUCAAGCAGUGCCACAUGGACCGGAUGCAAUGCCAGGUCAACAUGAAGUACACGAUGUACAUCGUGAAAGAGGAAGAGAUCUGCAAACAGGACCUGAAGGAACUGAACAACACUCAUAUCACCUUCAAGCUCCACUUCAGCGAGAAGGUCAAGAAGAUGGAACAGGAUAAGGAGAACCUGCAGACCUCGUGGACCAAGCAGAAGGAGGAAUUUCUGGUGGAGAAGAACAUCUGCCAGAAAAAUUGGGAGAGCUGCAAAGAGGAGUCAUUCCGGCAGCUUCAAGAAUUGCAGAGGCAACGGAGCCAGAUCCAGGACCUCCAGAACCAGUGCCUGAAGCUGGAUGAAAAAUUUUUCAUGCAGCUGAAGAAUCUGUGGCAGGAAUCCAUCAUCCCCAAGACCCUGAACAACCUGAUCAGCUACUCCAACCCGUACAGCCUGCCCAUAAACUACGCCACAGACUUGAACCUUGUCCGCCAGUUCUGCGACACCAUACCCACCACCGUGACCACCAAGGUGAGCGAGCUGGUCCAGCAGCUCCGGGUGGACGUCAUACAGAAGGCACAGGAGAACACAGACCUUCACAGGCAGAAGGAGUUGAUCGAGCAGAACCUCCAGGCCUGCCAGAAGUCUAGGGAGGCCAACCAGAAGGAGGCAUUGUCCAAGUACCUGCAGCUGCAGACGGAUUGCACGAAGCAGGGCGGCCUGGCACUGGAGGAGAAGAUGGCAUUGCGCAAGGAGAAGGAGGGGCUGCUAAAACAGCUGGAGGAGAAGGAGCGGCAGCUGGCAGAUGCCAAUACCCAAGUAGCUAUCAAGACCAGCUCCCUGGAAUUCUGCAUCAGAAGCAAGGCAGGCCCCUUGGGGAAUCCAGUGACUCGGACUGGGACCAUUUCUGGAAAUCCUGGAAUCCUAGGGAAUGCCGGAACCAUUGACAAGGCCAGUCUGGAGGAAUUCAAGAAGAAGAUGUUGGAGCAGCAACGGAUGAACAUGUUCCCCGGAAACCCACUCGGGCAGCCCAGUGGCUAGUGACCUGGGCUGCAACGGGAGGCUGGAACGUGGAGGAAAAUACAAAGGAGGAAACGGGACUUUACUGACAAUAAUAUUAACCAGAGAUCUGCUUAACUGUAUAGCACACCCAACUCACAUGCCUGCACGUGCACACACCCCCACCCAGCCAUGCCAUCUCACGCACCCCUCCUGCCCCCCCACCCACAGACACAAACAUACAGGUUCCCAACCCACCCACCCCACUUCCCCGACCUCUGACACAUGGAAGCCUACACUCUUCUGGAUGCAGAUUCCCCACACCCAAUACACACACACCCAAGACACACACACACACACACACACACACACACACACACACACACUCCUCACACACACACACUCCUCCCUCAUAUUAUAUUACGUGCCUAACUUGUCACUGCCUUAUCUGUUAUCACCGACCUAUCUUAACUCCACAAGCUGCUGAAGCCGGGAAAGAUGUGAAUGAACGGGAAGAGAUCAAUCUGGCUGUCAGAGGAGCCGGCAUUUGGCGGGUCCUGCCAAGACAAAGGGAGCUCAGCCUGUGGCUGAGUGACACCCUCCAGUUCCUCCCCACUUCCCGGCCGCCCUCCUCCCCACCCCCACCCCACUCCGGGCAGCAGGCCAGUUUGAGAAAGGGGGCCUGGAAAAGGGAGAAGCGGGCAAUUGCUGACCACCUGCCCCAAGGCAGGACCCCUGCCCACCUCUGACUUCACUGCUGCUCUAGUCCUCGCUGGCCACACAGCCAGACCCAGGCCACCACAUCAUUCUGCCUGCCUCAGAGCAAAGGCUGGAGAAGCAGGAUUAGGGUGAGAGAAGGGGCCAGGGGCCAGGAACCUUGCUCAGAGAACAUUCUUGACAGCUGGCAUGAGAAGUGCCCCCGGCUCCUCUGGGCCUGGCUUGCCCAGGGAGGGGGCCCAGGAUGGCCAACCCCAGGCUGAGCAGCAAACACCACCCAACCUUCACAAUGACGGGUGUGAUGGGUGAGAAGCCUAACUGCACCCUAGCAUCAGGCUCUCGGGAAGAGGUUUGGUGGAGUUGGAGACUUAGUCCCAGCUCUGAUGCUUGGGGUGGUGACGAAGGUCUGGGAUGUCCUAACCCUUCCCUGUUUGCAGAAUCAAUAAAAACACCUAAUGCCAACCCCUUGGAA